AGGCAGGAAAGCCGUUUGGCUAAGGAGACGGAAAUUGCAGCUAUUUUAUAUCUGGUUGGUUUUUCUACAAAUCAUACCAACGGACUGUUUCAUUUUUUCCUAGUUUCAUCUCUCCCAAACCCCCUGAGAGAAGUUUAUAAUGCCCGCUUAAGUGGCUGCAGUUCAUUGGAUAGCUCAACAGUGUUUUGGUGCAGGCCUUCGAGGAAGGAGAUGGAAGGGCAAGCCCUGGUAGGCCUAGUCGUUGGAGAGGAGUCUGAAGGACAAAGGACAGUCCCUCAAGGCCUGCAAGGGCAACCUCAGGGAGAACUGGAACAAGAACCAGGGGAGACCUCACUUUUGCUCCCCCAAAAGACUGAGUUCCCUGCACCGCACAAGGGAAUUUUGCAGUUGCCAAAGGAGUCGACUCCCUGGAAUGACACAAAGACCUUUCUGGCUUCCUUUGAGCAAGUGGCCAAGGCCUGCCAGUGGCCCCAGGAAGAGUGGGUGAUCCAGUUCCAGCCAGCCCUCAGCAGGGAAGCUGAACGAGCCUUUAGAAAUCAGGAGACUAGAGGCAGAGAGGAUCAUGGGAAGGCAGCCAUCUUGCAAAGGGACACCAUGAAGCAAAAUCACAAGGGCCCAAGAGGGACUGCCGGCUGGCUCCAGGAACUUUGUCACCAGUGGAUGACGGGUGAGAGACCCAUGAAGGAACGGAUCCUGGAGCAGAUGAUCCUGGAAAACUUUCUGAACAGCCUUCCACCUGAGAUCCAGAGCUGGGUCAAGGAACAUGGACCAAAGAGCCUGUCCCAGGCAGUGGUUCUGGCAGAGGAGUUCCUACUGAGGCAGCGAGAGGCCCAGAGGCAGGAAAAAGAGUGUCCAGUUUUUUUUGAGGAGGUGGCUGUGUAUUUCACCAAGACUGAAUGGGCCCUGCUGGAUCCAAGCCAAAGGGUUCUCUAUAGGGAGGUCAUGCUGGAGAAUUAUGGGAACGUGGCCUCUCUAGAAUGGUCUCAGGUCUGCAAACCCAAUCUUGUCUCCUGGCUGGAAGAAGAGGAGGAGCUUUUUGUCCUGUGCUCUGAGGAAAGGGAGAUGCAAACAGAAUUUGUGUGGAGGAGUGAGUACCAACUUGAAGAACCUGGAGAAUUGUCUGCAGAUGGAGUCGAACAGCUAGAGCCAGUAGAGAAUGUUUGGAUUCAAGACAGAUCAAAGAGGUGGAAAAGAAAGGGGGAGAAAGGAAAACAAAAAGAGAGGAAGAAGUCAGUUGUACUCUGGGACAGGAAUUCCCAUAAAUUGCUGGUCCAUCAAAAAAUACAACAAGAAAAGAAAAGGAACAAGUGCCUUAUCUGUGAGAAAACCUUUAGCUAUGAAUCAAACCUUAAGACACAUGAAAGAAUCCACACAGGAGAGAGACCAUAUCAGUGUUCUGGCUGUACCAAAAGCUUUUGCUAUCAAAGGAACCUUGUUCAACACUUAAGAACCCACACAGGAGAGAGACCAUAUAAAUGUUCGGGGUGUAACAAAAGCUUUCGUUAUCAAAGGAACCUUGCUCAGCAUUUUAGAAUCCACACUGGGGAGAAACCAUAUAAAUGCCUUGAGUGUGGAAAAAGCUUCAAUCAGAGCUCCAGCCUUACUUCCCAUCAAAGAAUCCACACAGGGGAGAAACCAUAUAAAUGCCUGGAGUGCGGAAAGAACUUCAGUAGAAGCACAGGCCUCUCUUCCCACCGAAGAAUCCACACAGAAGAGAAACCAUUUAAAUGCUUCGUAUGUGGGAAGAGCUUUGCCGCCAGCACCAAUCUGGCUACACACCAAACGAUCCACACUGGAGAGAAACCGUUCAAAUGUUUAGAGUGCGGGAAAAGCUUCAGACAGAACAUGUGCCUCACUUUACACCAGAGAAUUCACACAGGAGAGAAACCUCACACAUGUUUUGAGUGUGGAAAAAGCUUCAGCAGGAGCACAAAUCUUAUUGCGCACCGGAGAACCCAUAGAAAGGAGAAACCUUUUAAAUGCUCAAACUGUAGCAAGAGUUUUAAAGAUCAAGCAAGCCUUCUUAAACAUAACAUGCUACACACUGGGGAGAAACCAUACAAAUGCUCAGAGUGUGACAAGAGCUUCAGUUCAAAAUCAUACCUUGUUACUCAUCAAAGAAUUCACACAGGGGAGAAACCCUAUGUAUGCUCAGACUGUGGAAAGAGCUUCCGGCAGAAAGUAAGCCUCAUUUCCCACCAACGAAUGCAUACAGGAGAGAAACCGUAUAGCUGUUUUGUAUGUGGGAAGCGCUUCAGUCAGAGAGCACAUCUCAGUUCACACAAAAGAAUCCACUCCAGUGAUAAACCAUAUAACUGCUUAGACUGCAGCAUGACCUUCAGUGAACAAUUGGGGCUUGAUGUGCAUCGAAGAAUUCAUGAAGCGAGGAAGCCAUUCCAUUGUUUAGAAUGUGGAAUGAGGUUUUGCAAGAGCACAGAGCUUAGUUCACAUCAAAGUAUUCACAACAGGAAGAAGUCAAUUUUCUAUCUUCUGCCAGCACCAUUGAGAGAUUACCCAAAGAUUAAAAUGGAGGUACAAAAUCCUUCCCGGUGGGAAGCAUCAGCUGGAGUAGGGAAAGCCCUUCGUAUUCCUCAAGGUCAAAAACGCAAGAUGGACCAGGAGGGAAGAAGUAAGCCUUGUGAAGAGACACCAUCUGAAAGUACCACAGGAUUCGUCAGUAGGCUGACUCCAUAUUGGGUGAAGGAGGAACCAGAAGAAGGUUUGGGCCUGCGCUGGGAAGCCCAGUGGCAGGAAUUCCUGAGAACCGUGGAUCCCCCUCAUUCACCAUGGGGAGUUCUGCCAUUGGCAGAGCAGCCUGUUGCCCCUUGGGAUGAUGUCUGGGGCUUUCUGGCCUCCUUUGAACAGGUGGCCAAAGCCUGCCGUUGGCCCAAGGAUGAAUGGGCAGCACGGCUCCUGCCAGCCCUCAGUGGAGAAGCAAAGCGGAUCUUUGGUAGGCUGGAGACCAGAGACAGAGAGGAUUAUAGAAAGGUGAAAGUGGCCAUUUUGCAAGGGGAUGCCAUGAGGAGAGAGAGGAUGCGUCAAUAUUUCAGGCAUUUCUGCUACCGGGAGACAGAAGGCCCGCGUGGGGCUUAUAGCCGCCUCCAGGAAUUUUGCCAUGGGUGGCUGCGAGUGGAGAAACACUCCAAGGAGCAGAUCCUGGAGCUCUUGAUCCUGGAGCAGUUUCUGAGCAUCCUUCCACUAGAGGUCCAGAGUUGGGUGAGACAGCAUGGCCCUGACACCUGCUCCCAAGCAGUGGUCCUGGCCGAGGAUUUCUUGCAGAGGAAACGAGACACCCAGAUGCAGAAAAACCAGUUCAAUGUCUUGCAGGCAGUUUUGGAAGAGGAAGGUGUGACUUUCUCCAAAGCAAGCCAGAAUUCAGAGCAUCAGUUGACUACAGAAACCAAGCAGGAAGAUGAUGGGGCUGGUAACAUGUUGGCAGCCCAAAAGUGGAUGACCAUAGAGGAGGCUGAAGAUCAAGAAGAGCCAGAAGGUUCCGAUACGGAGGGACUACAUGGAAUGUCUGUGUGGAAAGUAGAAGGCGACGUUUCCCAUGGUUGCUGGCAGGAAGAUGCCUUAACAAGUCUGGAAAGACCACAUUGUCAACAGGAUACCCACCCAGCAGAAGAAGUGGAGAAAUCCAUUCCUUGCUGGGGCCAUGACCUGUCUUCUGAGUUCAGAGUCCGGAAGGAAACUAAUCCUGCAGGUGAUGGCUGGAAGAGGGAAAGCAAAGGGGAACUUCCUGGGAGAUUGUUGGAAAGAGUUGGUCACAAAACAUUCCAGGAGAACUUUUGGAACCAAGACAGAUCCAAGAUGCAGGAGGCAAACCAGACAGGAAAGAAGAGGGAUCCAUCCAGUCCCCAUCAGAAUGAAGAUUCAGAUCAAAUUCCCAUUCUGCCGGAUUCACCAAUGGAAAAGGAGAGGAACAAAUUUCUCAGUGUUCAUUGGAGAAUUGAUGUGGGGAAGCCUCCAGCUCAAAGCUUUGAGUUUGGGGACGGGUUCGAUGAGACCAGGAACCUCCUUGAAUGCCAAGCAGAGGUAAAGGCAUAUCAGUGCCGCGAGUGUGGGAAGAGCUUCAGCCGGAGCGCGAACCUGAGUUCACACCUGCGGAUCCACACGGGGGAGAAGCCAUACAGUUGCCCAGACCUGACCUGCAGCAAGCGGUUUUGCAGCCAGUCGGAUCUGAUCAAGCAUAAGAGAAUCCACAAAGGGGAGAAACCAUACCAAUGUUCCCAUUGUGAGAAGAGCUUCAGCCAGGGUUCCCACCUCAUUUCCCAUCAGAGGAUUCACACUGGGGAGAAGCCCUACAAAUGCCUGGAGUGUGGGAAGGCCUUCAGCAAAAACACCAACCUGACAUCGCAUCAGAGAAUCCACACGGGGGAGAAGCCAUACACUUGUUCCGAGUGCGGGAAGAGCUUCACAUGGAGCUCCAACCUGACAUCCCAUCAGAGAAUCCACACGGGGGAAAGACUCUAUAAAUGUUCACACUGCGGCAAGAGUUUCUGUAACCACUCCACCCUGAUUAAGCACAUGAGAAUCCAUACAGGGGAGAAACCCUACAAGUGUUUUCUUUGUGGGAAGAGCUUCAGCCAGAGCUCUAGCCUCAUUUCUCACAAGCGAACUCAUACAGGGGAGAAACCUUACAACUGUGCCGUGUGUGGGAAGAGCUUCAGCAAAAAAAACAACCUCACUUUGCAUCAAAGGAAUCAUGAUGAGCCAAUUGAGCCUCAAGUGGCCAAUCAAAAACCCCCAACUGGCCCCCAUCACUUUCUAAAAACAAUCGACGUCAAGAAAAAGAUGAAAAUGGAGGAGCAAGACCCCACAGGCCUCACCUCAGGGGAGGGAUCUGAAGGGGCAUGGAAAGCCCCUCUUGUCACCCAAGGGGAAAGAAUCAGGGAAUCUGUGCAGAGAAGACCAGAUAAUGAAGUGAAACAGGAGACCUGUGAGAGGCUGCCUUGGGAAACCCAGUGGCAAGAGUUGUUGAAGACUAUGGAGUCUCCUUCCUCAGAGCAAUUGCCAGAUAAGCCCUCGCUGUGGGAUGAUGCCAAGGCCUUUCUGGCCUCCUUUGAGCAAGUGGCUGAAGCCUGUCAGUGGCCCAAGGUAGAAUGGGCGGCCCGACUUCUGCCAGCCCUCAGUGGAGAAGCUGCACAAGCCUUCAGCAGAUUACAGGCCAGAGACAGAGAGGACUACGGGAAAGUAAAGGCAACAAUCUUGCAAGGGGAUGCCAUGAGGAGGGAGAAGCAGCGUCAAAAUUUUCGGCAUUUCUGUUACCAGGAGGCUGAGGGCCCAAGAGUGGCUCACAGCCAACUCCAGGAACUUUGCUUUCAGUGGCUGAAAGUUGAGAGGCACUCCAAGGAACAGAUUCUGGAGCUCUUGAUCCUGGAGCAGUUCCUGACGGUCCUGCCUCUGCAUGUACAGGACUGGCUGAGGGACCGUGGUCCAGAGACCUGCUCCCAGGCAGUGGCCAUGGCGGAGGAGUUCCUCCAAAGACAGCAAGAGGCCUCAAGGCAGGACAACAAGGUGGCAUUUGAAGAAGUGACAGUAGGUUUCUCUGAGGCAGGCCAAGAUGCACCUGAACCUAAGCAGGAAGAUGCCAGAGAAGAGCCUAAGCAGGAGGAUGCCAGAGAAGACAACCUGAAAGCAGGUUGUGUAAGGGAGAGUGAGAAUAAGGGAGAGCGAUUUGAGGUCUCAUCAGAAAGAGGCAAACAUGAAGAGUUGACAGAGAACUUUUGGAAUUCAGACAGACCUCAGAAACAGGAGGGAAAUCACAUGAAGAAAACAAAUGAUGAAUGCAGUCCUAUUCAAGAUGGGGACUUCCAGGAAAUCCCAUCACAGCAAGAGAGCCAAAUGGCCAAGAGGAAUAAUGAACGACUUGAAGCAUACUGGGGAAUCUACACAGAAGAGAAUCCCAAUCAAAGCUUAGAGCCCAUUCAGGCUUUCAGUCAGAGAAAUUUUAUUGAGUGUCAAAAGGACCACUCAGGAGAGUGUGGAAAGAGCUUCAAACAGAGCACAACCCUUAUUUCACACCAAAGAGUCCACACAGGAGAGAAGCCAUACACUUGCUUGGAGUGUGGGAAGAGUUUUAAUGAGAGUAAAACCCUAAUUUCACACAAGAGGAUUCACACAGAGGAGAAACCAUAUAAAUUAUCAAAGUGCAGUGCAAGCUUCAUUCAGAGCUCAAGUUUGACAUCACAUCGAAGAAUCCACACAGGGGAGAAGCCAUUCACGUGUUUGGAGUGUGGGAAGAACUUCUGUCAGAGCUACCAACUUGUUCGACAUCAGAGGACACACACAACAGAAAGGCCAUACAGCUGCUCAGACUGUAGUAAGACCUUUGGCCACAAGUCGAGCCUUAGUAAACAUGAGAGAAUCCACACAGGAGAGAGACCCUACACAUGCCUGGAAUGCGGAAAAAGCUUCUGUCAGAGCACCCACCUGACUUCCCACCAAAGAAUCCACACAGGGGAGAAACCCUAUAAAUGCUCAGACUGUAGCAAGACUUUUGGUAAUCAAUCUGGCCUGAUUAAACAUCAACGAAUCCAUACAGGGCAAAAGCCAUAUACAUGCUCCGUGUGUGGGAAGAGCUUCAUCCAGAGCACACACCUUAUCAGACACCACCGAAUCCAUGCCGGGGGGAUCUUUCCACCUGAAUUUCCUCACACUGUUAGAUCCUCAGCAGGAGCCCAGCAGAAGCUCAGAACUUGGGUUCAAAUCCCAGUCACUUUUGGCAGUGCAACAUCAUCAUUGUCAGUGUCUCUGGGAAUGAAAAUGGAGGAGCAAGGCCAUACCUCAGUGGAAGCACUUCAGGGAGCAGGAAAGGCCCCUCAUAUUCUCCAGGUUGAUAAUAUUAGGGAAUUUCUGCAAAGGAGACCAGGAGAACAAAUUAAACAGGAACCAGGGGAAGUUUCCUUUCAUCAAUGGGAAGCCCAGUGGCAGGAGUUCCUGACGAAACUAGAUUCUCCUCACACAGGCUGGGGGAUCCCAAUAUUACUGGACAACAAGCCUUUGCCCUGGGAUGAUCCAAAGGCUUUUCUGGCUUCCUUUGAACAGGUGGCCGAAGCCUGCCACUGGCCCAAAGAAGAAUGGGCAACCCGACUCCUACCAGCCCUCACUGGAGAAGCUGAGCAGGCCUUUAUCAAAUUGGAUGCCCAAGAUAGAGAGGAUUAUGGGAAAGUAAAGGCCGCCAUCUUGCGAGGAAAUGCCAUCAGCAGGGAGAAGCAACGUCAACGCUUCAGAUGCUUCUGCUACCGUGAGGCUGAGGGGCCAAGGGGAGCAUAUGGUCGACUUCAGGAACUUUGCUGCCAAUGGCUGAAAUUUGAACGACACUCCAAGGAACAGAUUUUGGAGCUGCUGAUCCUGGAGCAGUUGCUGACGAUCCUGCCCCUGGAGAUCCAGAGCCAGGUUAGAGAAUGUGGACCAGAGACCUGUUCCCAAGCAGUGGCUCUUGCUGAGGAUUUCCUUUUCAGACAGCAGGAGACCCAAAGACAGGAGAAAGAGGUAGCAUUUGAGGAGGGGGCUGCAAGCUUCUCUGAAGCAUCUGAGCUGGACCACAGACAUUUGGGCCCAGAAACCAAGAAGGAAGAUGACAGAGACAACAGCCUGUCAGCUGAAAGACGGAUGAUCCUAGAAGCAGGAGAGAAAUACCUAUCUGGAGACGUGGAUCUGGAUAAGCCACAAGGUUCAUCAGCAUGUAAAGUCGAAGAGAAUGUUUCCCAAUGUUGUCGGCAGGUCUACAUUUCUGUGGGAGAGGAAAGAACUGAGUGUCGGCAGGACACCUGUCCAGUAGAGGACAAGGUUGAAUCCCUUCCUUGUGUGGGAGGCCUCAAGGCCUCCAGCAACACCAUGGAGCAAAUGGAAAUUGAUUCUGGGAAGAAGCAUGAGCCCUACCCUGAGUAUGGGAAACAUUUCCUGCCAAAGAGCACGUAUGCAGGAGGGAAAGGGCACAAAUGCCUGGUCUGUGGGAAAUGCUUUCUUUCAGGCUCCAAGUUCAGCAUCCACCAGAGAAGCCACUUGGGGGAGAAGCCGUACAGGCAUUUGAAUUUCUGUAGCCCUCCACACACGUGCCGAGCCAGCCUCGACAUGCGUAACCCAGAUCCAUCUGUGUUGUUCACAAAAAUGAGUCCUCGCAUCCGUGGCCAGCGCUGGGAAGGGAAGGAAGUGGUGGCUUUGUUGAACAGCAUCAAGGUCAGCCCUGCCCUUGCCCUGCUGAUGAGCAGCAGCUCACAGAGGGGUCAGCAACACUGGGAAAAAAUUCGGGACAAGCUGUGCUCUCUGGGGUUCAACCGGACAAUCGACCAGCUGAGAUCAAAGUGGAAACAACUGAAGACCGAUUUCUUUGCCGCUGGUAGGCCUGCUGCGGAGGGAAAAGAAAGGCCCGCAAGCAUACCACAUUAUUUCAACCGAAUGCGGGCUCUGUGGGAUGCGGCAGGACGUCCCCCAUUCAAAGAUCGUCACCUGCCAGCCUCCUAUCGGGCACAAAGGCGGGAGCUGGAGAGCUGUCAGGAAGACGACGAGGAAGUGGAAGCCAGCAGUGGAAGAGUGCAAGGAGGAAAGGGGGCGCCUCCUGGAGCCCUGGAGGCCAACCAUCGGAGGAUGAAAAUGGAGGAGCAAGACCCCACGGGGUGUACAAAUGUGGAAGCAUCAAGGGGGAAAGACUCUUGUUCAUAUCAGGCUAGUGUGGGUCACAAACUUAGGAUGAACUUGGAAGGGAGAAUUGAUGCCCCUGAAGUAAUUCCAUCGGGGAAUAAUGAGGGGUACUUUACUACAGUGAAUCUGUAUCGGAUGAAGGAGGAACCUGAAGAAAGUUCGGCCCUGCACUGGGAAGACCAGUGGCAGGAGUUCCUGAGGACUGUGGAGCCACCUCAGUCAGGACAGGAAAUCCCUGAGUUAGUGGAGGAACCAUCACCCUGGGACAACACUAAGGCUUUCUUAGCCUCUUUUGAGCAAGUGGCCGAAGCCUGCUGUUGGCCCAAGGACAAGUGGGUGCCCCGGCUCCUGCCAGCCCUCAGUGGGGAAGCUAAACAGGCUUAUAGCAGGUUGCAGGCCAGAGACAGAGAGGAUUAUGGGAAGGUCAAGGCAGCCAUCUUGCAAGGAGACUCCAUGAGCAGAGAGAAGAUUCGUCAGCACUUCCGACAGUUCUGCUACCAGGAGGCUGAAGGGCCGCGAGGGGCUCACAGCCGGCUCCAGGAACUUUGUUUUCGGUGGCUGAAGGUUGAGAGACACACCAAGGAGCAGAUCCUGGAGCUGUUGAUCCUGGAGCAGUUUCUGACAGUCUUGCCUCCAGAAAUCCAGGUGUGGGUGAGAGACUGGAGCCCAGAGACCUGUUCCCAGGCUGUGGCUCUGGCAGAGGAUUUCUUGCAGCAGCAGCGAGAAGCCCAGAGGCAAGAAAAACAGGUGGUGUUUAAAGAGGCGGCCGUGCAUUUCUCAGAGACAAGCCAGGCCCUGUCUGAGGUGGAAGAGAAGCAAGUCUGCUCGGAAACCAAGCAAGAAUCUACUGGAGAUUCCAGCCUGCUGGGUGAUGGGUGGGAGAGUGAUAUGGAGAAGGGUGAACCACACGGCAUGACCCCAGCGAGAAGGAAGGACAAGGUGCUGAAGGAGAACUUUUGGGAUCAAGUCAGGUUGGAAGAGCAAGAAGGAAACUACGCAGCAAAGAGGAAGGACAAAACUGUCCCUUGUCAGGAUGGAGACGUCCCCAAAAACCCAGCUGAACAGAUGCAAGCUGAAAAGAGGAGGAGUAAGCAUCUUAGUGCUCACUGGAGGAUCCACGCAGGAGAGAAACCAGACAAAAGCCUAAAAUUUGGGAAGAGCUUUGUCUGGGACAGAAACCUCCCUGAGUGUCAGGUACUCCACUCUGGACCGAAACCUUACAAAUGCUCCGUGUGUGGAAAAGGCUUCAGCCAGAGCACACACCUGACUUCGCACCAAAGAAUCCACACUGGGGAGCGUCCAUACAGCUGUUCAGAAUGCAGCAAGAGCUUCAACCAGAGCACAAGUCUCAUCCAGCACCAGCGUAUCCACACAGGGGAGAAACCAUAUCAGUGCUCAGAGUGUGGGAAGAGCUUUCGCCACAGUACCAGCCUGAUAUCGCACCAGCGCAUCCACACGGGGGAGAAACCGUACAAAUGCUCAGAUUGCGGCAAAGGGUUUUGUAACCAGUCGGGGCUGAUCAACCACAAGACGAUUCACACAGGGGAGCGGCCAUAUAAAUGCCUGGAGUGUGGGAAGAGCUUCAGCCAGAGCACACACUUGACCUCUCACCAGCGAAUCCACACAGGGGAGAAACCAUACAGAUGUUUGGACUGCAGCAAGACCUUUUGCGAUCAGUCGGGGCUGGUCAAACAUCAGAGGAUUCACACUGGGCAGAAACCAUACAAAUGCCUGGCCUGCGGGAAGAGCUUCAGUCAGAGCACAAACCUUAUUAGACAUCAGAGAAUUCACACGGGAGGUGAAAUGCCCUUAUUAGCCUCCCCCUGCACUUAGAUCAACAGACAGAGCCUCAUUUCUAAGGGAUUACUUUUUCCAGCCAUUACCCUUUCUUGUAUGCCACAGCUUUGCGGAAGGUUUAUGCUGUGUUUGUGACUUUUGUAGUGCCCAUCCAGUGUUUUUAGAGAGUAGGUGUAAUCAGGUGGGGCAUUUACUGAGCAAGACUUCUGAUUGACUAUUGGAGAUGUGAUUGGCUGCACAAAUUUGUAAAAAUAUUGCUUUGGCAGCAGUUGCCAUCACAGCACAGCAGUCUUCACUGCUUGGGUGAAAGUAAGCUGUGGGAGACAUUUUGGUGACUGGCUCUGCUUCCUGCGGCAGCCAUUUUAUGACUGCACCAACCAUACUGCAUCAGAAUUCCAAAGGUUCCCACAACCUCAAAAUGUGUGGGGUCCCCUGUUUUAAUAGAAUGGUUUCAGCAGCUUUUAUUUUCAUGCAAGUUGCAAGCUGAAUCCUCCUGCAACUGUAGGUGUGCUAGAAGAUUAUUGUAUAAAUGCAUCAUGUCAGGACCAUGCAUCUAAAUUUGCAUCUAAAUUCACACACACACAAAAUUGUUCACAUACAGCAAAUACACAACCGGCAUGUAGUUGCAUAUACCUUUUUGUAAAAAAUUGCUAAUGUGUGUUCACUUUACAAAUAAAACCUGGAAUCAAAAACUGCCAGUACAUGUACGUUCCCUGUAAUUGCCCUUACCUUUUGAAAUGGCUUGCCUGAUGAGGUCAGGAAGACUUCCACCCUCUUGGCUUUCUGUUCACUGCAAAACUGGAUUAUUCAAGAGGGUAUUUUUACAUAGGACCAUGUUGUAACAAAAUGACUCCAAAACACUCGGGUAAAGAGUUAGGGACAGUGGACUAUGCAUAUGUAUACAGUUCAUACUGUCUGUUGCUGUAAGUAGGAUCCUUUAAAAAGUGUUUUUUUCAGUAUAGUUUAAGACAUCAUAUUAAUACUUUGUUUCAGUUUUGUCUCAGAUUUCUGCUUGGCUCCAGACUUCUGCAAUCCAAAUCCUAUUUCAUUGAUAAUUGGAUGUCCUCUUCUGUUGAUUGUAGUGGCUUACUUUGUGUAAUCUGACUUGAGUCCCAGUCAGAAAGGCAGACUCUAAACAACAUAAAUAAAAAAUAAAGACCA